GGCUGCUGAGGCGGCGGUGGCGGUGGCCCGUCACGCUGCUGCUGCGGCGCUCCAAGUUCACCUCCGCCCCGGGGCUCUCCUGCCCCACCUCGGGGCUGCCGCCACCCGCUCCUUAUCCUCUGGCCCUGGCCUUGCUGCGUGGCGACAAUGGACAAGAUCCUGGAGGGCCUUGUGAGUUCUUCGCAUCCCCUGCCCCUCAAGCGGGUGAUUGUGCGGAAGGUGGUGGAAUCGGCGGAGCACUGGCUAGACGAGGCGCAGUGCGAGGCCAUGUUUGACCUGACGACCCGGCUCAUCCUGGAGGGCCAGGACCCUUUCCAGCGGCAGGUGGGGCACCAGGUGCUGGAGGCCUACGCACGAUACCACCGGCCAGAGUUCGAGUCCUUCUUCAACAAGACCUUUGUGUUGGGCCUCCUUCAUCAGGGCUACCACUCUCUGGACAGGAAGGAUGUAGCCAUCCUGGACUACAUUCACAACGGCCUGAAGCUGAUUAUGAGCUGUCCGUCGGUGCUGGAUCUCUUCAGCCUCCUGCAGGUAGAGGUGUUACGGAUGGUGUGUGAGAGACCGGAGCCGCAGCUCUGUGCCCGACUGAGCGACCUUCUGACCGACUUCGUGCAAUGCAUCCCCAAAGGGAAAUUGUCCAUCACGUUCUGUCAACAGCUGGUUCGAACGAUAGGCCACUUCCAGUGCGUGUCCACUCAGGAGAGAGAGUUGCGGGAAUAUGUCUCCCAGGUGACAAAAGUGAGUAACUUGCUGCAGAACAUCUGGAAGGCCGAGCCUACCACACUGCUGCCUUCUCUGCAGGAAGUUUUUGCAAGCAUCUCUUCCACAGAUGCAUCAUUUGAACCUUCUGUAGCAUUGGCAAGCCUUGUGCAGCAUAUUCCUCUUCAGAUGAUUACAGUUCUCAUCAGGAGCCUUACUACAGAUCCAAAUGUAAAAGAUGCAAGUAUGACCCAAGCCCUUUGCAGAAUGAUUGACUGGCUAUCCUGGCCAUUGGCUCAGCAUGUGGAUACAUGGGUAAUUGCACUCCUGAAAGGACUGGCAGCUGUCCAGAAGUUUACUAUUUUGAUAGAUGUUACUUUGCUGAAAAUAGAACUGGUUUUUAAUCGACUUUGGUUUCCUCUUGUGAGACCUGGUGCUCUUGCAGUUCUUUCUCACAUGCUGCUUAGCUUUCAGCAUUCUCCAGAGGCGUUCCAUUUGAUUGUUCCUCAUGUGGUUAAUUUGGUUCAUUCUUUCAAAAAUGAUGGUCUGCCUUCCAGUACAGCCUUCUUAGUACAAUUAACAGAAUUGAUACACUGUAUGAUGUAUCAUUAUUCUGGAUUUCCAGAUCUCUAUGAACCUAUUCUGGAAGCAAUAAAGGAUUUUCCUAAGCCCAGUGAAGAGAAGAUUAAGUUAAUUCUCAAUCAAAGUGCCUGGACUUCUCAAUCCAAUUCUUUGGCAUCUUGCUUGUCUAGACUUUCUGGAAAAUCUGAAACUGGGAAAACAGGUCUUAUUAACCUAGGAAAUACAUGUUAUAUGAACAGUGUUAUACAAGCCUUGUUUAUGGCCACAGAUUUCAGGAGACAAGUAUUAUCUUUAAAUCUAAAUGGGUGCAAUUCAUUAAUGAAAAAAUUACAACAUCUUUUUGCCUUUCUGGCUCAUACACAGAGGGAAGCAUACGCACCUCGGAUAUUCUUUGAGGCUUCCAGACCUCCAUGGUUUACUCCCAGAUCACAGCAAGACUGUUCUGAAUACCUCAGAUUUCUCCUUGACAGGCUCCAUGAAGAAGAAAAGAUCUUGAAAGUUCAGUCCUCACACAAGCCUUCUGAAAUUCUGGAAUGCAGUGAAACUUCUUUACAGGAAGUAGCUAGUAAAGCAGCAGUACUAACAGAGACCCCUCGUACAACUGACAGUGAGAAGACUUUAAUAGAAAAAAUGUUUGGAGGAAAAUUACGAACUCACAUAUGUUGUUUGAACUGCAGGAGUACCUCACAAAAAGUGGAAGCCUUUACAGAUCUUUCGCUUGCCUUUUGUCCUUCCUCUUUGGAAAACAUGUCUUUCCAAGAUCCAGCAUCAUCACCCAGUACACAAGAUGGUGGUCUAAUGCAAGCCGCUAUACCCAGUCCUUCAGAAGAACCAGUAGUUUAUAAUCCAACAACAGCUGCCUUCAUCUGUGACUCAGUUGUGAAUGAAAGAACCAUAGGCAGUCCUCCUAAUGAGUUUUACUGUUCUGAAAACACUUCUGUCCCUAACGAAUCUAACAGGAUUCUUGUUAAUAAAGAUGUACCUCAGAAACCAGGAGGUGAAACCACACCUUCAGUAACUGACUUACUAAAUUAUUUUUUGGCUCCAGAGAUUCUUACUGGUGAUAACCAAUAUUAUUGUGAAAACUGUGCCUCUCUGCAGAAUGCUGAGAAAACUAUGCAAAUCACAGAGGAACCUGAAUACCUUAUUCUUACUCUCCUGAGAUUUUCGUAUGAUCAGAAGUAUCAUGUGAGAAGGAAAAUUUUAGACAAUGUAUCACUGCCACUGGUUUUGGAGUUGCCAGUUAAAAGAACUACUUCUUUCUCUUCAUUGUCAGAAAGUUGGUCUGUAGAUGUUGACUUCACUGAUCUUAGUGAGAACCUUGCUAAAAAAUUAAAGCCUUCAGGGACUGAUGAAGCUUCCUGCACAAAAUUGGUGCCCUAUCUAUUAAGUUCUGUUGUGGUUCACUCUGGUAUAUCCUCUGAAAGUGGGCAUUACUAUUCUUAUGCCAGAAAUAUCACAGGUACAGAGUCUUCAUAUCAGAUAUACCACCAGUCUGAGGCUCUGGCAUUAGCAUCCUCCCAGAGUCAUUUACUAGGGAGAGAGAGUCCCAGUGCAGUUUUUGAACAGGAUUUGGAAAAUAAGGAAAUGUCAAAAGAAUGGUUUUUAUUUAAUGACAGUAGAGUGACAUUUACUUCAUUUCAGUCAGUCCAGAAAAUUACAAGUAGGUUUCCAAAGGACACAGCUUAUGUGCUUUUGUAUAAAAAACAGCAUAGUACUAAUGGUUUAAGUGGUAAUAACCCAACCAGUGGACUCUGGAUAAAUGGAGACCCACCUCUGCAGAAAGAACUUAUGGAUGCUAUAACAAAAGACAAUAAACUAUAUUUACAGGAACAAGAGUUGAAUGCUCGAGCCCGGGCCCUACAAGCUGCAUCUGCUUCAUGUUCAUUUCGGCCCAAUGGAUUUGAUGACAAUGACCCACCAGGAAGCUGUGGACCAACUGGUGGAGGGGGUGGAGGAGGAUUUAAUACAGUUGGCAGACUCGUAUUCUGAUCCUGAGAGAGUCCAAAAUGCACUGGUCACGAAACAUCUAAUACUAUGACUGUUAAAAUGUCACAGACUAUAACAAAUAUCUAUCUUUUAUUUUUCAUUAGACCCUUAUACUUCAAGAGAACACAUUCAGUGCUUGUUUUUAUUUUCUUGACACAUUUAUUAACAAAAUGCAUCAUGGAAAAAAAAAUCUACCUCUUAAAAUUCCAUUUGCUUUUAUGGUUAGACAUGCUUGACCAAAAAUGUUCAGAAGAAAAUAUGUACCUGGUCCCUAAUUAAGCUGCAUUAAAUUUGAUAGAAGCAUUUAAAUGGUCUAUCUUCAGUUUUACUGAACAAAAAAUGUAAUUUAUUUAGCAUUCUUUAUAAAAGAAUUGAUGCUAGAGGUAAAAAAAAAAAAUACUUGUUUUUAAAAAAUCCUUUAUGUCUUGUGUAAUUACCCCAUUAUUAAAUUCAAGUCUUUAAAAAUCAACUAGAGAUGAUAAAGUCUCUAAGGAAGGCAAUAACAAAAUUUAUCAAGAUAUAGUACUUUUCAGUUUUUGUGUAGUGUCUUCAGCAUCACUGUAUCUGUAUUUCAAGUACAAAUGUUUUUAAAAAGGAUUCUUUAUACAUAUGUGCUGAAUUGAUUUUAAGAAAGUUGCAUGAUCCUGUAGGAGCAACAUUUUUACCUAAAAAAUGCUAACUUUGUAGUAUUUCUAAUUGUUCAAGGAUUUUAAAAUUCUAUUUCAGGGAGUAUAUCUUCUGUGUGUUUUGAAGGAGGUGAGUUCUGUAUGUGCCUUGCAGUACUGUAAUUCAAAAAUAGGAAUCUUUGGCUGCGAAAUGUUUUUUUUUUUU